AUGGCAAUUACGGGAAACUCAUCUGCACUACUCUCCACUCUCCUUGAUGAGCUAAACAAGCAAUUCAAAAUGAAAGAUCUUGGCAGACUUCAUUAUUUUCUCGGUAUUCAGAUUCAGUAUCAUGACAAAGGCAUGUUCUUGUCACAACAAAAGUAUGUUGAGGAUCUCCUAGCCGCUGCUUCGAUGUCUACAUGUGCUCCUGUUGCAACACCUCUUCCACAACAACUGAACAAAAAAAUGCAUGAGCCUACAGUCUCAGAUUUUAACCUUCUGAAACGAAUCCUAAGGUACAUAAAAGGCACAACUACGAUGGGAGUCUCCUUUGCUCGCCACACUGAUUCUAAACUUCGAGUGUAUAGUGACAGUGAUUACUCCGGGUGUCCAUCCACUAGCAGGUCCACCGGUGGUUUCUGCACUUUUCUUGGUCGUAACAUGAUUUCUUGGUCAUCAAAGAAGCAGCAAACUGUGUCCAAAAGCUCCACUGAAGCUGAAUACAGAGCCAUGUCUGAAGCAACAUCUGAAAUCACGUGGAUCGUGAAUCUUCUUCACGACUUAGGCAUUCAGCUACCUGCAACACCAGAGCUCAAUUGUGAUAAUCUCUCAGCUGUUUAUCUCACAGCCAAUCCAAGCUUUCAUGCUCGAACUAAGCACUUCGCCACACACUAUCACUAUGUGCGUGAGCAGGUCGCCUUUGGUAAUCUGAUUGUCAAUCACAUUCCGGCACACUUCCAGCUAGCUGACAUAUUCACCAAAUCUCUUCCGCAACGACCAUUUGAGUAUUACAGAGCCAAACUUGGCUCACAUUGUGUCAAGCCCACUAAGCUCAAAGCCUGCAAACAAGAUGAAACGAAGAAGCCCAAGACCCUGCAACGCUCACCUGCAACAGACAAGAAAGCGUUAGCAGAGGAAAAAGGACAUAGUAUGACAGUGACAUUGCAAAACCGAUUCAAGGUGUUGGGACCAGUUGAUAAAGAUGAUGCCACGUAA